AGGUGAGGUGACAUUCCGUCCUCAUACACGGAAAUUUGACGCGCAGGCGAAACUUGUCAGGGUGAGAAAGAGGAUCUGGGGCAGCCAGCAUUGUGUACGCGGACGACAGGUGAGCUGGAGGAGCAGAACAUGUCUGUGGAGAAAACAUGAUCACUCCACGCAGAAAUGUGGACACUGUCAUUUGUUCUGGACCUGGCGGUUCUGUUCUAUGCAGUGUCUUCCACACCUCCCAGCCCUAUCAAUGUCACCUUCUCCUCAGUGAAUCUCAGGAACGUGCUGCAGUGGACUCCAGCUAAUGGCACACCAGAGGAUACACACUUUACAGUGCAGUAUGCCAUCUACGGAGACACUAUACAGGGAAGUAAAGGGAAACGGGUGCAUUGGAGGGCGGCACAGCAGUGUACGGACAUAGCAAGGAGCUGGUGUGACCUGAGUUUGGAGACAUGGGAUACAGAGGAGUCAUACUAUGCCAAAGUCCGUGCUGUGGGCAAGAGAGAGUCCUCCAAAUGGGCCAUAACGAGGAGAUUUGAUCCAAAGUUGGACACUACUUUGGGUCCUCCGCUGGUUUCUGUGGAAAUGGAGGGCAGUAAUGCCAUAAUUGAUAUGAAGGUACCCAUUAGGCAUCAACCCAACAAUCACUUCCCAGUGGUUUCCAUGGCAACACUGUACCCCCAGCUGACAUACAACCUCUCCAUCCAAAUCCACAGACAGACAUAUCAUUUUCCAGUGGACUCUAAUCCGUACACAUACCAACUGAUACAUCCCAAUAAAAAGCACUGCUUUUCUGCCAGGAUGAGACUGCUCUCCAUGCCCAUCAAGUGUCAGUCAUCAGCGUGGCACUGCAUAACCACACCUCAAGACCCUGAGAUUGUUUAUCUGCACAAGGUGGUUUGGGCUAUUGUGGUUCCAUCUGUCUGCUUGUGUGUACUUGCUGUGGUGGCCUACUUACUCCAUAACUACCUAAUGGGAAAAGGACAGAAGAGCCGUAUGCUGAACUCACCUACUAUUUGGGCUCCAUCUCUUACCUUCUCUCCCGAGAAUCUCAAUCUCAACUUCAUCCUCGUCAGUGGCAUCAACAAUGAGUCACUAUCAGACCUCCGUAUGCAAAAAGAUGAUCUUGUGCCACCAUACGCUCCCCAGGGACCAGAAACACCUCCAGAGACUGAUGACUUGUCGAUUGAUUAUGGAUUUGUUGGAGUAGCUCCUCAAACCUGCGUCGGAGGAGAAGACACUGCAAGAGAGAGGAGGCAAGACCAAGGUGGAGAUGGGAAUAAUCUGAACGGUACAAAUCAGAUAUGCAUAGCAGGAGACAGUUACAAGAAGAAGAAGUGGGGAGCUGGUCACUUCACCAGAGUUAACUCUCCCCAGACAAACUCCUACCUCUCACAGAAGUCACCCCACACAUGCACACAUGAUCACAGUCCAGUAGAAGUAAAUGGAAAGACAGAUAGAAAUGCAGAGGAAGGGAGUGAGGCAGUAGCCCUUCUCUCUGCAUAUGCCUCCCAGAACAUAGGAAACAUCGCUCCCAUCCACGCUGACCAAUCUGAUUCCUUGGCAGAUGACUAUGGGCUUCUGAGUGUAGCUUCAGCACACAGUGCAGAGAAGGAAGGGGAGGAAGAAGAAGAGGAGGAGGAGGAGGUGGGACUCUGCAUUAACUGGGACCCCGAAACUGGGAAACUAGUGUUUCCAGAGAUUGACACAGAGGCAGGCUUUGAUGAGGUCAUGCAGGGAGCGGAAGGGAGUGAGGGCAACUUAGGACGAGAGGAGGUGAACGUAGUGGGAGGCAAAUUGAAGUUGGAAAACGUCUUAGUCAAACAAGCGUCUGAGGAAGAGGUGCAGAGAGAGAUGGAGAGAGGUGGAGAAACAGGAUGGGAGGUGGAUGAUAUAUUCACCAAAUGGAACGUGGUCAUCUCAAUGGACCAGUAGAUGAUAUUCAUCAAUGUACUGUAUUUACCCCCAUUAUUACAAAAAAUCCUCUUCUUCUGCACUUAUCUUGUUAGAUUUAUUGUCACGAUAGAAAUGAAAAUAACACAAAAUAUAAUUGUGAUUCAUUUUUAAUACAGAUAAUACUGACAAUAUCUUAAAGCACUAAUUAGUUUGGUUAUGUUGUCAGUAUAGUUGACCUACUGUAUCUUAAUGAUUAACAAGUCACUCUAAUCAAUAUUAAUCCUAUCACACUGUGAUCACCUCAAUCUUGAGCAAUUUAUUACUGUAUUACUGUAUUCUAUUAUGUUGAUCUGUUAUUAUUUGUUGUGAAAUCCUUAUGUGUUGUCUCUCAGUCCAACAGAGCACUAAUUGCAUGUUCUAGGCUAGUGUCAUGUUUCACCAUCGAAAUUUAGUUUUGCCUUUUGUUAACGACAUGGAAUCCUUUUGUGAUAUUGUGGGGGGUUUUUUUAACAGUACAUUUUGAUUUUCUCCAGGUCUGCAGUUUACCAUGAGUGUAUACUUCUGUGUUAAAUGAUGACAGUGGGGUUAGCCAUAGUAGUUUUGACUUAGUUCCGUCUGCAGUUUAGUUUCGGGGGUUUAACGCUUGAAACUGUUCUUGCUGAAACACCUUUGAAUAGGGUUUGUUUUAAAAAAUGAAGGAUAGUAUGGUUAAAUUAUAUGUAAUCUUUAUUUUUAUGAAGGAGAGGCUGAUGGGAUGUGUAAUAGGACGAUUUUAUGUUCAUGUAUGAUGUAGACAAACCUAUAGCACUUAACAUGUUAUUCUUUUACACAAUGUAAGUUUUAUUUGAAUAAGGAGGCUGCAUGACUCACACGUGUGUCGUGUUUCUUUCCUUGUACUAAAAAAAGGGACAGUUGAUCAUUAUAACAUUAUUUUGUUGCACUUUCUUUUUCUGUUUUCUCUAAACCCAUUUAUUUUUUCUACUACUAGUAUGCUCCAUGGUUUUCUUGUUUGUUUUUACCAGCUUAAUUAUUAACUACUGUCUUGAUUUGCAUUAGAGCUAUAUAAGUAUAAAAUAAUGUUGUUGUUUUUUAAUUCUGUAUCGAUGCAUAGUAAAUUCACUUUCACUUCACUAUUGUGUCUUUGUGAUGCAGAAGAAAGCCACCUUGGUUAUAUUCCACCAUGUAGUAAUGAAGGAAAUAAUUAUAAUGUUUUGUCAAUGCUCUUCUGCUUCUUACAUACAUGAAGCUAAAACUACUGAAACUGUGUGUACAUGUAGAACAUUAACCCUCUCUCUCACCUCAGCUGACUUCUGCAUUAUCUGUAUCAUAGAGUCUCAUAUUGAAAGUAACUGUAAAAUCUCUUUCUGUAAAUUCCCUGUGUCUAAGAUCACAAGAAGAGGGGGGAUUUGCAAAUAAAACCCGGGUUGUCUACUAUGUGGUGGGCAGUUAGAUGCUGUGCAUUAAAGUUGUAUCCAGUUUCCUAAAAUGGUUUAACUCUGGGAAUUAUGUUGGGGAUAUUGUUGCCAUAUUUGUAUGUUGCAAGACAAUAUGGUUGUAUAUUCAAAUAAAACAACAAUAAAGUGAA